AGUCAUAAACCCCGCCUAUUUCUACAAUGUAUCUUAAAAUGUGAUUUUAAACCUAAUGUUAACGACACUUCUAGUCUUUUGCCUAACCCUAUCUUUAAAUUAAGACCAAAAAGCGAAUUUUUGUUUUCAUGAAUUACAAUAUAUUUGGACCGUGUGGCUGUGGUAAUUAGUGGAAGGGCAUCAACCGGGUCCGCGCCACCAACAUACGAAGGACAGCGUCGACCCCGAUCAGACAUUCGCAACGCAGGCUGUAGUGGGACAGAAACAUCGUAGAGAAAAAGAUCGCGUAUCCGUCGUCAGAUUAACCUUUUCAGUUCUAAUUGCCUCAUCGUCUCGCAUAUUGCAGGUAAAUUGCAAUAGCUUUGAUUGUCUGGGGUGAUGCUCUUCUAGAGCCUUUGGAAACCUGGCUCAACAAGGACACAACUUCACCAUGUCAGCAACCAUUCAGAGAAAGACUGGCUUGGCCAACUCUGCUGAAGCCAAGAAAACAGAGCUCAGAAUUAAUGAGAAGAAAUGCUCAUGGGCAUCCUACAUGACAAACUCUCCCACAGUGAUUGUAAUGAUUGGCCUACCUGCCAGGGGAAAGACCUACAUGUCUAAGAAACUGACACGAUACCUCAACUGGAUAGGGGUUCCAACCAAAGUGUUUAACUUGGGUGUCUACCGCCGAGAGGCCGUCAAAGCUUACAAGUCCUACGACUUCUUCAGGCACGACAACAAGGAAGCCAUGGAAAUAAGGAAACAGUGUGCCCUGGUAGCCCUGGAGGAUGUGAAGGGAUAUCUAACUGAAGAAGGUGGACAAAUCGCUGUAUUUGAUGCAACAAACACAACAAGGGAGAGGAGAGACCUCAUUCUUGAUUUUGGGAAAGAGAAUGCAUUCAAGGUGUUCUUUGUGGAGUCAGUGUGUGACGACCCAGAAGUCAUUGCUGCUAAUAUUCUGGAGGUGAAGGUAUCCAGUCCAGACUACCCAGAGAGGCACAGAGAGAGAGUGAUGGAUGACUUUCUCAAACGCAUAGAGUGCUAUAAGGUUACAUACCAACCUUUGGAUCCCGAUGAUUAUGACAAGGACCUAUCCUUCAUCAAGGUGGAGAAUGUGGGCCGGCGCUUCCUGGUGAACCGGGUGCAGGACUACAUCCAGAGUAAGAUAGUGUACUACCUCAUGAACAUCCAAGUGCACUCUCACUCCCUCUACCUGUGCCGGCAUGGAGAGAGUAAUCACAACAUGGAGGGCCGUAUCGGAGGUGACUCGGAGCUCUCCCCAGGAGGAAAACAGUUUGCUCAUGCCUUGCACAGCUUCAUUGAGGAGCACAAACUGUCUGACUUGAAGGUAUGGACAAGCCAGCUGAGACGCACCAUCCAGACUGCUGAGGAGCUGAUUGUGCCCUACGAACAGUGGAAGAUCCUCAACGAGAUCGAUGCUGGUGUGUGUGAGGAGAUGACCUAUGAUAUGAUCCAGAAAUCCUUCCCAGAAGAGUUUGCCCUGAGGGACCAGGAUAAGUACCACUACCGCUACCCAGGGGGAGAGUCCUACCAGGACCUGGUGCAGCGGUUAGAGCCUGUCAUCAUGGAGCUAGAGAGACAGGGCAACGUGCUGGUUAUCUGUCACCAGGCUGUCAUGCGCUGCCUGCUGGCCUACUUCCUGGAUAAGAGUGCAGAUGACCUGCCCUACCUGAAAUGUCCACUGCACACAGUGCUCAAACUCACUCCUGUUGCAUAUGGCUGUAAAGUGGAAAUGUUUUAUCUUAAUGUGAAGGCAGUGAACACACAUCGCGACCGACCACUUGAUAAUGUCCCGAGGGACCCAGCUCCCAUGCUGCUCCGGCGGAAUAGUUAUACCCCCCUGUCCAGUCACGACCAGUUCAAGCGGCCCAGGCUCUACAGUGCCGGCAACCGGCCCUGGCUCCCCGAGAUGCCAGAGGGGAUGCUGCAGCAAAGCCAAGUUAGUGUCAAAAAUUGGCGCCCACUUAAUGAAUCACUCUUAAUUCAACUCGGUCACCUCCCUCUUCCCACCUGCCACCCCCACCCCACCCCAAGCCAAUCCCUCUUUAUCCUUAGCAUCCCCUUACCCUUAAAUCCCCUUGAUAAUCCAGACAUGUUGUGGUCUUGUUGGUGGCUUCUCCUCUUUAUAUUAUGUCUGUCUCUCCCCCAACAUCAGCUGUUUGUCUUGCAUGGUCUCCCUUUUUCUUCAUAGGCUGUAUGUCUCCAGCUUGAAUAUGCAUAGCACUAUUCCUAUCCCAAACAAACUGCACCACUUACCUCUUAUACUCAUUUACGUCUUCUGAAAACCAUUCCAGAAGAUACACAGUUAAAACGUCUUCCAGUAAGCAGGUGUUAUACAUUAGUCAGUUAAAUCCAUCUGGUGAUCCUAGGAGAAGCAUGCUCUGUACAACAAUUAGCUUCAGAGCUCAAUACCACACAAGGACAGUAAAUAUAGACAUGUUGAUGUUUUGAGAUGCAUAUUCAAAGUUUCUUGUUGUGGUGCAAGUGUGUUGGUUCAAUUUGGUUUGUUGUGAGUUCAGUACUAUAGUUAGUCCCCCCAUUUGUGUCUCUUCCUUUUGUCCCUGUCUGUCUGUCAUUACAGCCUCGUAUAGGAAGCUGUUUUCUGUGAGUAUUUUAGAUAUAUUCCUGCAGAAAGUUUCUGUUUAAGCAAUAGGGCCCAAGGGGGUGUGGUAUAUGGCCAAUAUACCACGAUUAAGGGCUGUUCUUAUGUACGACGCAACGUAGAGUGCCUGGAUAUAUCCCUUAGCCAUAUAUUGGCCAUAUACCACAAACCCCAAAGGUGCCUUAUUGCUAUUAUAAACUGGGUAGCAACAUAAUUAUAACAGUAAACAAGUAAUUUUGCUUCUACGCAUGGUAUAUUGUCUGAUAUACCACAGCUUUUAGCCCAUCAGCAUUCAGCGUGCUAAUUACCCAGUUUAUAAUUUCAUUUAUUCACAUGAGACGUAAUCUCAAACAAUGGAUUAUGUAUCACCUUUAAAUAAUAUCGACAUACAGUAUGAUGGAAUGCUGUAUCAUAAUUUUCAGUUACUGAUAGUACUAAUCAUUUUGUUCCCUCUUUGUAGUAUAUUGAUGAUGGUGUAUCAUGAGAAACAUUUUCCCUAGCAGAGAUCUCUGUGCAUUGGUUUUUCUGAAGCAAAACACUAGUAGUAAUGUAAGACCUGUCUUUUCUUUUUAAGACAAUGAUUAAUCAGACUGCUCUGAAACGUGUUAAGACAGUGAUAGAAAAGAGACCAGGAAUAUUAUAUGAGUCAUGUCUGUUCUGUUUGAAGGACUCCCUGUGUGAAGGAGUCAACUAUGACAGCCCAGAAACUAGUGGCUGUUUCCGCUUCUGAGUGACUACGAAGUCACCUUCAUGUUCAGCUGGUGCCUCAGUAUCUCCCUGUGACCCUGAAGCUCAUCAUCCUCUCCUCCAUUUCUCUGCAUGCCAAACCUCUGGAACAACUGGUAGAAUAGUGUAACAAAAAAAGCAAUUUUAGAAACAUCUCAAGGAUGAUCAUUGGAAACAGGAUGCACCUGAGCUCAAUUUCGAUUCUCAUAGCAAAAGCUCUGAAUACUUAUGUAAAUAAGGUGUUUCAACCUGUUUUUGCUUUAUCAUUAUGGGUUAUUGUGUGUAGACUGCUGAGGAUUUUUUUAUUGAUUUAAUUCAUUUUAGAAUAAGGCUGUAACGUAACAAAAUGUGGAAAAAAUCUAGUGGGCUGAAUACUUUCCGAAGGCACAUAUAUAUAUACUUUUAGAUUAGAAGUUAGUCCAGUGCUCUUUAAAAAUUGAAUUAUUGUAUACUGAAGUUGUCACAUUUUAUUAAUGUUGCAAGUUAUUUCCUGUGCCUUUUGGGGCAUGCUGAAAGCCUUGCUGGAAACUCAUCUGUUCUGUGCAUAAUAAAUAUGUGUAUAAUCAUACACAUGAAGGUUCCAAAUAAAUGUCAAGAGGUGUGACUAUAUAUUUGAUAGUUUUCCAAGGAUAGCCUGCUCUGCUCAAGAAUGUACUGUAUUCAAUACACGGUGGCGUGAAUUUUAACAUGCCAAAUGUUGCCUGUUGAUAUGGACUUCAUUGCAUCAAUCAGCUAGUUUAGCAUUGUUGAAUUGUAUUUAAGACGUUUCUCCAGUAAUUGUAUUAGAGUCAAUGAAGAUAUAAAACAGGUGUAAUUGUU